AAUCCCUUUCCGGUCUUCCCCACCGCUUACUACUACUGCAUUUCUCUUUUGGAAAAAUAAAAAUCCUUCGACCGGAUAAAAACGAAAAAUAAUCAAAGUCGGCGAUGAUACGAAACAGUCUUCGAACGGCCAUUCGUGGAGGCGCGUGGCGCGUGAGUCCACGAUCAUUUUCAACCGCUACAUCAGCUGCUCGUAUGGCGGAACCUUAUGAAGAGCCCGGAAUCUCGAUGAAAGGGGUGAAGAUAUCAGGGAGACCAUUAUAUUUAGAUAUGCAAGCUACUUCUCCUGUUGAUCCCAGGGUACUUGAUGCUAUGCUCCCGUAUUUCGUUUCACAGUACGGGAACCCUCAUUCACGUACCCAUCUUUACGGGUGGGAAUCCGAUGAGGCGGUUGAAGUUGCACGAGGGCAAGUUGCGAAUUUAAUAAAUGCGUCGCCUAAAGAAAUUGUGUUUACGUCUGGUGCUACUGAGUGUAAUAACAUUUCAGUGAAAGGUGUGAUGCACUUUUACAAGGAUAAGAAGAAACAUGUAAUAACGACCCAGACGGAGCAUAAGUGUGUUCUUGAUUCUUGUCGGCAUUUACAGCAAGAAGGGUAUGAUAUAACAUAUCUUCCGGUUAAAAGUGAUGGUUUGGUGGAUGUGCAACAGUUGAGAGACAGUAUUAGGAGUGAUACAGGCCUUGUGUCGGUUAUGGCAGUGAAUAAUGAGAUUGGUGUUAUUCAACCGAUGGAGGAGAUUGGUCAGAUAUGUAAGGAAUUUAAUGUUCCGUUUCACACUGAUGCUGCACAGGCGUUAGGGAAGAUUCCGAUUGAUGUGAAUAAGUGGAAUGUCAGUUUGAUGUCGUUGAGUGGCCAUAAGGUCUACGGGCCGAAGGGUGUUGGAGCUUUAUAUAUGAGGAGACGCCCACGAAUUAGAGUGGAACCGCAAAUGAAUGGUGGUGGGCAAGAAAGGGGGAUUAGGAGUGGAACAGUGCCCACACCUUUGGUUGUUGGAAUGGGUGCUGCAUGUGAACUUGCGAUGAAAGAGAUGGAGUAUGAUGAGAAAAGGAUUACAAAGUUGAAAGAUAGGAUGCUAAAAGGUAUCAGGGAUAGGCUUGAUGGGGUGGUAGUUAAUGGGAGUAGUGAGCAUCGGUAUGCUGGGAAUCUGAAUUUAUCAUUUGCAUAUGUUGAAGGAGAAAGCUUGUUGAUGGGACUGAAGGAGGUGGCUGUAUCAAGUGGCAGUGCAUGUACUAGUGCUAGUUUGGAACCUUCUUAUGUGCUGAGGGCAUUGGGCGUGGACGAAGAUAUGGCUCAUACUUCAAUUAGGUUUGGGAUUGGGAGGUUUACCACUGAAGAAGAGAUAGAUAAAGCCGUUGAGCUAACUGUUAACCAGGUUGUAAAGUUAAGGGAAAUGAGCCCGCUUUAUGAAAUGGUGAAAGAGGGGAUUGAUAUCAAAAGUAUACAAUGGUCUCAACACUAAUAUAAGUGAAGUAUUUGGAUCAGAUGCUGGCUUAUGCUUUGAGUUUUUACAAGGACCUGACGCCUCUUUGAAGUAAAGGAAACACCACUAGCCCGGAUCGAUUUUGUCAAGGAAUUUAGUUAAAUUUUGCAGUUGCCAAAGAGUGAUAUAAUCAUUUACAGUAUACUCUUAAAGUGUAUGUCUUCACUCGACGUCUGUAAUAUAUGUCAGUUAUUUUAUUUUGAUUUGUACACUAUCGGUGAAUCACAAACACUUGACAUUGCUUCUUUAUCCAUGUAGCUAUAAAAACAAUAAUUCUUAUGUUUUUUCACAGUUCA